AGGGCGCUCUAUGCGGAAGAGAGUGCGGAAGGAUUACUUGCUUCCUGAAAAGUACCAGGAGCUUUGGCUACUCUUUCUCUUUCUAUAAUAUAAUAACUUUACGGGACAUUUAGUCAUGUCGAAGAACACGGUAUCGGACCGCUUCAGAAAGGUUGACGUCGACGAAUAUGACGAGAACAAGUUUGUGGACGAAGAAGAAAAAGGCGGAGAGAAUCAACUGGGUCCGGACGAGGCCGAGGUCGAUUCCCUUAUCAGACAAGGGAACAUGAUGGGCGCACUGCAGGCCGCACUGAAGAACCCACCAAUCAACACCAAGAACCAGAACGUCAAGGACCGGGCUGAGGGUCUGGUACUGAAAGUCCUCACUGCCUUUAAGACUAGUGAUAUUGAGAAAGCGGUACAGUCUCUGGAUAAGACUAAAGUGGAUCUGCUUAUGAAGUACAUCUAUAAAGGAUUUGAACGACCAUCAGAGAACAGCAGUGCAGUGCUGCUCCAGUGGCAUGAGAAGGCACUUUCUGUAGGUGGUGUGGGCUCCAUCGUGCGAGUGCUCACAGCUAGAAAAACCGUGUAACUCUCUCCAUCAGGACGCCUUGGCAGCGCUGGCACAGGGAUUGGCUGGCACAACCUCAGCGCCAGGCUCAUCAUUACACUGUGGAGGACGUCAGCCUCUCUCUCUUUCUCUCGCUCUUUCUUCUCGUUCUUUUUCUCUGUGAUUUUCUACUCAUUACAUUGCUCCCGUUCUGGGUUUCAUCCAGAGGCGGCAAAGCACAGCAGCGCUCAGAUCUGUAUAUCACCUGAGCAGCACCAUUCCUUUUAAGUGAAUUUGCAGAUCUGAUUCUCUUCACAUGUUUACAAAAGCAGGUGUUUCUUUAACUCCAUCUGCUCCACCUCUUACACCCCAAGAAACUGUUAAAAUAGCUUCAAAUGAAUUAAGAUGUAUGUAAUUCUGGUAUAUCGUUAUAUAUACUGGAACGUAUGCGUGUUCCAGGUAUGACUGUAGACUGUUGUCAUGUAUGUUUUUGUUGUGUAAGAUGAAAUGUCAUUCAGUCUCUCACCAAAACCGUUACCUAAUGCUAAUCAGCUCACAUAAGGGCACGGGCAGCGUACAUGUGUGCUUAUUAAAUCUGCAGGGCCAGAAUCCGGUGCUUUGGCGCUUUGAAAUGACUUUAAAGCUAUUUAAUCAUGGUACUACAUCCCACAUCGGCCUCAAUGCUUAGCAUAAUUUCCCGAUUAGCGAAGUCCCACUGGUGUUAAAAAGGCAGCCAUGUCAAUUCUGUGACAGUGGUCAUCUUUCCAACACAGUAAAUGGUUAGCCUUCUGUUAUUCCUCUCCCACUGUCAACACCUCUUCUUUUUCCCCUCUCAUCUCCGUGUAUAAUUAUACUCUGCUGCCAUCCAAGCAGCUAACUGACUUACAAACUAUACCUGUAUCUUGCAAGCAUCUGACAAAUUCUAAAGGUUUAGCCAAAAUUAAGAUGAUUAUGUUUGGUUAUAACGAGUGGUAGGACGGUAUACUGUUUUAAAAAAAAACUAGAAGGUACUGGUCCACGUCACUGUAUAUCCAGAUGUGGAUGUCCUUGUGUGAAAGGGUUUUAAACAUUUGAAACAGAGGAAUCUCAGAGAACUUCGUAUUUCUGCCUUUUUCUAAUAAAGUACUAGAUGCUAAAAGUGGUAAACAUUUACAGUAACACUUUUACUAAGUGAAUAACUGAAUAGUCACACAGCCGGUGCAGCACAUUUGUGGUUUAUGUCGUGUUAAAAUAUGGUCACGUUAACGAGAACUGUUUAUACCAAUAGCCUGACGGCUUUCACCAUUUCAGGCAGUUGAGUUCACAAGAUGUGAUACGAUAUUGACGUUUCUCAGUAUGACAGGACCUGGGGAGGUUGAGUUAGCACUUGUGACUAGAGUUAUUGUUUAGGUGUUAUCUUACAAAUGACAUCACAACUGUUGAAAAAGUAGACACACUCGAUAGUUUAGUCUUGUUUGCAGUCACUACACCUUUACAUUGUCCGUAUACAAGACCUAUCUGCUACAUUAAUUAACCGACAUCCAAUUUUAAAAGUUCUACAUGCUAAAUGAAGGUGAUGAUUGUAUGAUCAUUGUACUGUUUCCUUGCAAUACCGUUCCAACCACGAGUUCUAGCUAAACAUUUCCAUUUUGGCUUUAUUUUAUAACUGACAGCCUGUUCCUCAUGGAUUUCAUUUUAUCAAGGACAGGACAAGCCAAAGACUGCUCCAGCAUCAGCAUGCAGACUUGAUCAAAUAAAAUCCUUUGAGUAUUGUACUGAAACAUGUUUAUGUAUAUCUCGAUCACGUGUAAAGGCAUUUGGGUGUAUAAGCUGAUUUCCGAGAGGCUGAACACAAAUAUAACGAGUGAGGGUGUAUGGUUGUGCGUGUGCUUGCGUUCCCUUGAGUACUGCACUAUAUUGCUGGAACUAAACAUUUCCAGCCUCAGCGUGUAUUUAGGGAAUGCUCUUGGUGUAGUCUUUAUGUAGUCCAUCAGCAAAGCCAUAUGUGAUGAACAGACUGACAUGGCCAUGUUUGAGAGUUUCUAGUUUUUGCAUAUCACUCAUUUGAUCAAGUGCGAAUAUAACGUAACAGUUUACCGACUGCCUUAUGAAUUUUUCCUUUUAUAACGUGUUGUCCAUUUGGAAGCAAUAAAAAUUGUAUUAAGUGAAAACUGA